AGUCCAGGACAAGGGGUCACAGCUUAAGGAUAAGGGGGAAAUCCUUUAAAACCGAGAUGAGGAGAACUUUUUUUCACACAGAGAGUGGUGAAUCUCUGGAACUCUCUGCCACAUAGGGUAGUUGAGGCCAGUUCAUUGGCUAUAUUUAAGAGGGAGUUAGAUGUGGCCCUUGUGGCCAAGGGGAUCAGAGGGUAUGGAGAGAAGGCAGCUACGGGAUACUGAGUUGGAUGAUCAGCCAUGAUCAUAUUGAAUGGCGGUGCAGGCUCGAAGGGCCGAAUGGCCUACUCCUGCACCUAAUUUCUAUGUUUCUAUGUUUCUAUUAUUCCAGUGGUUCUGGAUUCCCCUAAAUAUCUGGGUAAAAAGACCCCAUCUAAUUUCCUCAUGAUCGUAUACACCUCUAUCAGAUUACCCCGCAGCCUCAUGGGCUCCAAGGAAUGAAGUCCUACCCUGCCCAACUUCUGACUUUCGCUCGUGACCUCGAGUCCUGGCGACAACCUCGUAAAUCUUUCCUGCUCUCUUUCCAGCUAUGUGUUCUGCCUUCGACUGCCGCAAACCUUAUUCAGGGCUGUUUAAUAUCUAUGAUCUCUCCCUCGUGUGAGAUUAGUUAGAAGCGACUAGGACACCUUCACACUGAAGACUUGCAGCCAAAUAACAUGAAUUCCCCGAGACGGCAGCUGCUGCAGUGGACACGCGAGAUACUGCAGGGGUUCACCAGUUGCGCGAAAGGGAAUGCGUUUUGAACCAGGAAGUGGAGAAUUUAAAAUGGAUGCGAAAGACCACGUCGAGAGUUGGACCGAGGAGGCAAUUUGUCCCAUCUGCCUCGAUUUCUUCACCGAUCCGGUCAUACUGGAGUGUGGGCACAACUUCUGCCGUUCCUGUAUCACACAGAGUUGGGACAGGAAGGCGAGAAACUCCUGCCCGGAAUGUAGAGAGGAGUUUACAGACCGCACCCUCAGGGUGAAUCGGGCCUUAGCGAGACUGUCUGAGAAAGCUCGAACACUGAGCGUGUAUCGGACAGAGAAGGAAAGUAAACUUCAGUGCGAGGAACAUCAGGAAGAACUGAAGCUGUUUUGUGAAACUGACAAGAAGCUGAUCUGUGUGAUUUGUCGAGAUGCGCGGGAACACAGAGAUCACCGCUUCAUGCCGAUUAAAGAAGCUGUUGAAAUAUACAAGGAUCAUGUGAAAUCUUCCGUCCAGUCUCUCACAAAAAAGAAAUCAGAGAUCCAGCGAAUGGAGCAGCAACAGAAACAGAAGAUUUCUGGAGUUCUGAAACAGUCACACAACCUUCAGUCCAAGAUCACAUCCCAGUUUGCCGAACAGCACAAGAUUCUCACUGAGAAAGAGCAGCGCGCACUGGCAGAUAUCCGAGAGGAAGAGAAGAAGAUUCUAAAUUCAAUGGAGAGAAAUCUUGGAGAGAUUCAAGAGAAUUUAAAUUCCAUUCAGGAGGAACUCAUGAAGUUGCAGCAACAGAUGGAUCAAAAAGACAGUGUGGUGUUUCUGAAGGAGGAAGCUGGUCGCAAGCGAAGUGUCCGUGAUGAAGCCAAACCACUGUUGGUGGUAGAUUACGCCUUGCCGAUUGAAAAGUUUAAUUGCUCUGUUUCGUUCAACACCAUAUUCACAGAAAUAUCUGAGGACUUCAAGCGAGUCUCCGUCACCCUGGAUGUGGAAACAGCGCAUCCGGAGCUCGAGGUGUCCGAGGAUCGGAAGAGGGUGAGACGGGCCCGGAGGAGUCUCCCUGACACCGGGACGAGGUUUACAAACUGGCAGUGUGUGCUGGGAUCGGAGGGAUUCACAUCGGGGAGACAUUACUGGGAGGUGGAGGUGGCGGGGAGUGAGUGGUGGAGUCUGGGAGUCGCCGCAGAGUCUGUGGAGAGGAAGGGACCUGUCACACUGACCCCGGAGACUGGAGUUUGGAGGAUUAGGCGGCGGGAUGACAAGUUUGUUGCAGUCACCGACCCUCCAUCCCCUCUCCCCGCCCGUCCCAUCCCCGGGAGGGUGGGAGUUUAUCUCAGGUACGAUUCCGGAACAGUUUCAUUUUACGACGCGGACACCAAGUCCCAUCUCCACACCUUCACUGGGAAUACAUUCGCGGAGAAACUUUAUCCUCUCCUCUGGGAGUUGGAUGGAAACUGGCUGAUAAUCUGCUCCGGUUCCGCUCCGGGUGUGUAUAAGGGUCGGGUCCCGGGAUCGGCGUCAGGAGCGGGGCACAGGCUGGGGCUGUGGGGCAAAAACCCGGUGAACAACAGGUCUGCGCUGAACGAACGGCUACAAUUUAAUCCCCAAAUUCCGUGUCGUAAAACCCCAGUGAGCGCGGAAAUCAAACCAGGGGCGUUGUAAAUGAGGGAAAAGUGAAAUAAACAACAACUGAAAUCAGAGCUGUCUGUCGAUCCGUUCAUUUUAACGCGUUAACCGCGUUCAGCAACGGAAAAUAAA